AUGCCUAGCCUUCCACGUCGUGAAUCCCAUGCCGCCGCCGUCUCUUCAUCCGCAGUCUUUUCUCCACCUCCCAUCGUCUUACCGCCUCAUCCCUUCCUUCCUACCCUCAUCCCAAGCUUAGCCGAGCACAAAGCGCAUAUUAUUCCACGACGCGGUUCAAACUCAAUUCCCCUCACAUCGUCCUCCCCGUUGACGUACCGUCGCCCUCGCUUCCCCCGUUUCCCCGUCGCCCUUACUCCUAAAAAUAACCGCUUCGCCACAUCGUCGCUCACGCCUUCCCCCACCUGCCCUCACGGACACAGUCGCGCACGCCUUCCCCCAUCUUCCCUCACGCUUCCCCGCUCAUCGCCCCCGCUUCCUCCCAUCGUCGGCCAAGCUUCCCCCCAUCGUCGCCCACGCUUCCCCCCAUCGUCGCCCACGCUUUCCCCCAUCGUCGCCCACGCUUCCCCCCAUCGUCGCCCACGCUUCCCCCCAUCGUCGCCCACGCAGCCCGAACCGUCGCCCACGCAGCCCGAACCGUCGCCCACGCUUUCCCCCACCGUCGCCCACGCUUUCCCCCACCAUCGCCCACCCUUCCUCCAACCUUCGCCCACCCCCACCUUCGCCCACCCCCACCGUCGCCCGCGCUUGCCCUCCCAUCGCCCUCGCUUAGCCUUGCCGCCGACCUCCCUUCCCUCCCACCUCUCUCCGCGUCGUCAUCACUCCCUUGUCUAUCACGUUCCCCCUCUUCACCAUCGCUUCCCCUGUGUCCCUUCCCCAUUGCCUCGUUUGGUCGCUCUCGCUUUCCCCAUUGCCACCCUCUCUACUCCUACCAUCGUCCAUGGUUACCACCCCACCCUUGCAUCCUUAUUUCCAUCUCUUUCAUUCUCCCUCCCCCUCAGCCUCUCACCCACCCUGGACGGGGAGGUAUGGCGGGCUGGGCUGGGAGCUAGGGAUGGGGUCGUGACUCGUUCGCUGUGGGGUGUGGAAGGGUGCGUGGUCAGCAGCACCCACCCCUUUCUCUCUUGCACUGACCUCCUCCCCUCUCUCGCACCAACCCUGCACGCAUGGCAGUCGUCCUCCUCUCCCUCUCCCUUCCUCCCUUCCUUCCGUCCUGCCUUCCUCUCGUCCUCCCUUCCUCCCGUCCUCCCGUCCUCCCUUCCUUCCGUCCUGCCUUCCUCCCGUCCUCCCUUCCUCCCGUCCUCCCUCCGUCCCGUCUUGUUCCCAUCCAUCCAAUCCUUAGCUCCUCCUCACCCCAUCUCCUCCCUUCCCUCGAACGAGCUCGCUCAUUCCCCUCCUGUCACCCACGCACGCACCCUCCCCUCGACCGACAAGUCGUUCUCCGCUUCCGUCGCAUAUGCGUUCAUUUCCUCUUCCCUCAUCUCCCCAUUCCUCAUCUCCCCAUUCCUCAUCUCCCCAUUCCUCAUCUCCCCAUCCCUCAUCUCCCCAUCCCUCAUCUCCCCAUCCUUCAUCUCCCCAUUCCGCCUCACCCCAUUCUGCCCCACCCCAUUCCGCCAUGCCAUCCUACUCCUCAUCCCCAUUCCCUCGUUUCCCCAUCCCUCCUUUCCCGAUCCCAUCAUUCCCUCUGCCAACUUUCCCAUCCCACCAUACGGUCAUACCCCAUCCCGCGACCUCCCCGUCACCUCCACCCGACCCCUCUCCUCCCUGCUUCUUCCCAUCUUCCCAUCUUCCGCCUCGCUAAAAGGUUUGUUCUUCAUCACCUCUGCUAUCCAUCCUUUCUAUACCCAUCCCCUCCUCCCCAUCCAUCCCAUCCCCAAAUCCUGCCCCUAUCCCUCCUCUCGCGAUCCCUCCUCUCGUUUUCUCAUUCCCUCCUCUCCCCGCCCCGUUCCUCCAUGUCUCCCAUCUGCCGUACCUCACCUCCAUCUGUACCUCCCAUCCUCCAUCCUCGUUACCGUAUUCUCCCGGACAUAA